CCUGUGGUGGGGCUCCGUCGGUGUUUGUCCGCCGCGGCCUCCCUUGCUCGGCUCCAGCAGGGACGCUCCUUCGCGGGGAGGAAAUGGUGUAACUGGCGACAAGCUGCAAAAGCACCCCAUGGGAAUGUAAAACUCAAGGACCCGAGUCCUUCCCUAGACACCUUGUCUGCGUGCCUGAAGACUUAAUAACUUACCUGGUUUCUCAUGGAAGCAGAUGGAUUUGUGAGGAGGCGUCGGAUGACAGCGGAGACCACAGGCAAUGAUCCCGGGGUUGCUGGUGCCUCAGCCGGGGCAGAAGUUCGAUGGCUGGGGGGAAGAUUCUGGGGAGUUUCGGAAAGUAUCGUAGGGAGCCUGACGCCCAGAAUCGGAGGGGAAACAGAGUUGCAGACAGUUGACUUUAUCCGCAGUGCACAAGAUGUACAAACAGAGGACGUUGAACCAGACUAUGAGGGGCUGCCACAGGGUGCCUCUACUAGCACCCACAUGUUGGCUGGAGCUGUGGCCGGGAUCAUGGAGCACUGCCUCAUGUUCCCCAUCGACUGUGUCAAGACGCGAAUGCAGAGCCUCCAGCCUGACCCCGCAGCCCGCUAUAGGAACGUCAUGGAUGCCCUUCGCCGAAUUGUAGCCACAGAGGGGGUCUGGCGGCCAAUGAGAGGGUUGAAUGCCACAGCAGUUGGAGCGGGACCUGCUCAUGCCCUCUAUUUUGCCUGCUAUGAGAAACUCAAAAAGACUCUAAGUGAUGUCAUUCACCCAGGGGCUAACAGUCAUUUGGCUAAUGGUACUGCAGGGUGUGUGGCCACACUGCUUCACGAUGCAGCCAUGAAUCCAGCAGAAGUUGUGAAGCAACGCAUGCAGAUGUAUAAUUCGCCCUACCGUGGCGUGUUGGACUGUGUACGCGCUGUGUGGCAGAAAGAGGGCCCUGCAGCAUUCUAUCGCAGCUACACCACCCAGCUCACCAUGAACGUGCCCUUCCAGGCGCUCCACUUCAUGACUUAUGAGUAUCUGCAGGAGCUGCUCAACCCCCACAGACACUACAAUCCGUCUUCACACAUGUUGUCUGGAGCUAUGGCUGGAGCCAUCGCAGCUGCGGCCACUACCCCUCUGGAUGUGUGCAAGACCCUGCUCAACACCCAGGAGUCUCUAGCCCUUGGGUCCAUGUCUCCCAGCCAUGUUCAAGGGCAAGGAGCCCACAGACACAUCACAGGCUUGGCCCAUGCUUUCCGGACAGUCUACAAGCUGGGCGGCCUGCAGGGCUUCUUCAAGGGAGUCCAGGCGAGGGUCAUCUACCAGAUGCCCUCCACAGCCAUCAGCUGGUCUGUCUAUGAGUUCUUCAAGUACGGACUCACUAAGCACCAGCACAGCAAGAGGAGAGCGCAGCACAUGGAGGCUUAAAUAUUUUCUUGGUUUAACCUCCUCUUAAUUUUGCUCUGUCCUACUUGUGAGGCAAAGCUGAUACGCACAUAGAAUCUUAAAUAAAGCAGUUGUCUCAUCCCUCUCAGACAUAGCAGACAAGAAAGACAUCUUCAAAGACAGUUCAAGUCAUUAUUUUCAUGCUACAUUAGUUAUGGUUUAAGUUACAUAAAGAAACAGUUACUCAGUAUUCUAGGAAGGAGAUACUUACAGUCAUUCUAGUUACUACUACAUUUGUCCAAGCUGAGGAUGAAUGUGAAAAACGCACAAGUUUUGAGUUGUAGAGGUUGUCAGCAGAGGGCAGUAGUGUUACUCUGUUACUGUAUUUUCAAAAGCUUUGCUGUCCUUAAACCAGGUUUUACAUUUCAACUCAUUCAAACUGUGAACUUUUAAAUGAAAACAAUGGCUGAAACCUCCAUUUGAUAACCCUUUGUUGGAUUUAUGAAACUUAGAUACAACAAAAGCAUCUUUGUGUCUAUAUUUGGCUACACUGAGAUUGAGUAUCAACCAAAGUAACUCAUUGAGAUGUCCCUGACAAAGUACUAGAUAUCUUUGUAUAAAUAGAUUGAUCUGUGCUAACGUUGCAGCUUGAGAGCAUAAGUUUAAGCCAUCUUUUACAUUUUGAUCAAAUUACCCAUUUAUUUUUAAUAAAAGAAUGAUCAUAUUGGAAGGCAUCACUGAUUAACCUAAGAUAUCAUAUUUUGGGUUGAAAAGGAGCUAAGAAGAUGCUAUUUAUCCCUUGUUUCAAACAUCAGUGUUACUUAUAGAACUGAAAAAUAUCUAAUUCUAAUUUCCCUGUGGUAUCUGAAUAGUGUGCUUAAUUUAUUUUUGAAUGAUUGGCUUCUUUAAUGGUAUCCUGUCUCAAGCAAACCUGUGACUUAAAACCCCGGUUCUCCCUCAUUUUUGUGUUCUAUUUAUCCCUUGGCCAUCCAAAUACUCACCAUUAAUGCCUUGUGUUGCAGAGCAGACCAUAGCAGCAUUUCUGUGCAUUACCUGCAGCUAUCAGGUUGUAUUAAGCUUCAAGUCUCAGUGUUUGCACUUCACAGCAAAAGUUGUAAGCAAGGUCCUGUGCCCUUAGGAUUAAACUCAAAUUUCAAGAGUUCAGUAUCCCAGAAGAUAUGUACCUGAGAACACAUUAGAUGAGGCUGUCAUUCUUACUGAUCGAUGUCUGAUUGUUUCUGACACUGAAUUGCACUCAUUGAAUAAAGACUGGGCAGUGAAGCUCGACUCGCUGUUCAUAAAUGA